AUGAUGAGUUUGAUAUCAUCUAGAGGCUGUGACUGCAAGUCCUUUAGAUACCAGGCAUGGCAUAAAUCUCCAGAAGGAGAAUUUGAAGGGACGAUCUCUGCGGACGCCAUAGCGAGUGAUAGAUCCAAACACUUUGCUGAGGCUGAUGUUGUUAUCAUUUAUGCCAAAGGAGACGAAGUGCGUAAAUGCUAUACAUGCAAGAAGGUAUUCGAUGAAAAAUUUCAUAUACCACCGAUAUGGUGGACGACGCUGUCGAGGCGGUCCAACGGCUAUUUUGGAUACGAAAAUGUGCUUGAUGCGAGUGGGACGAAUCGGACAGGCACCAUCUCCUGGCUUCGAUUCCUCAUGAAACAUGUCAACAGCGCAGACUCUGGCCACCAUAAUAAAAAUGAUAUCGAUUAUAGGUGGGUUAAGCUAAAUGCUUUCGUGCGAUGGUAUGCUCCUUCAGAUAAAGCUCUUUCAGAUAAAGCUCCUUUGGAUGAAGCUCCUUUGGAUGAACGCCCGAAAAGCCGCACUGAGAUUGUCCUCUUCGACCAUCCCGAGUUUGCACAACAGGUUGGAGACUUUAUCAUUGAACAACUCAAGCCUCAUGAGCUUAGCGAUCCCUUUUGGGCGUAUCCCGCCAUGGUUGAAAAAGUUGCCGCUCUCCACGAUGUGUGCGUUUGGGAAUCUCGAACUCUUAUUAGGAACUACGAGAAACAUCGGACUCUUUAUCGUGACCCGUUUGACUACCUCCAUGAAGUCUCACGCCAUAGUCUUCACAUCAACGAGACUCUUCAUGUCGCCGAAUCCAUCCUGGACAGCAUGCAAAAGUAUCACGAUCACUUUACAGCUACCGAGCCUAGUAGCAAUGAAAAAGUGGACCGUUUCGAUCCUUUUCCUCAGAACAUCAAAAAUCGUCUUGGCCUUCUUCAAACAACACUCACUCAUCUUCGUCAUCGCGCCGAGUCCAAUUACGAGCGUGUUAAGGCUGAGAUAACUCUUUCGUUCAAUAAAUCUUCUCAAAUAGAGUCCGGAGCUACGAGAGCCAUUUCUUUAGCCGGUCUGCUUUUCCUCCCGGCUGCAUAUGUUACUGCUCUCUUCAGCACCUCUUUUUUCAAUUUUGAUGCUCCAACGGGCAUUUGGGGCUUCUCUGACAAAUUUUGGAUCUACUGGGCUGUUACAAUACCUGUGACUGCCUUGACUAUUUUCCUAUGGUUUUUUGGGCCUAUGAUCUUGAGCUUUGUAGUAUCUUAUUGCAAAGAAAUUGGAACUCUUUUGCUAGAUUUGAUCAGUAUAGGAAGGCGAGAUGCGAUGCGCUUAAUGGAAUUAGAGAAACAAAAGAAGAUGCGGGCGAAAAUGAAUGAGAAUCGGAAGAGAGACGGAAAGGAAGGGAGGAAGUUGGCGAGAAGAGAUUACAUAAGAAGGUUGGAGGACGAGGAAAGGGAAAGGAUAGAGAAAGAAAGAGAGGAGAAAGAGAAAAAGAAAGAGAAAGGAGACAGAUGGAAUAUGGCGAGUGCGGCGAGUAUGGUCUAG